CCCUCUGCCCUCAGCAGCACGUAAGAGCUCUACCACUGAGGAAGCUGCAUUGAGCCAGCCUUCUUUAGCACCGGAAUGUUUUCUUGCUUUGUCAGCUGUGUCCUUGCAGCCUAUAAUGCAAUAUAGCUACCUCCGUAUUGAUCAAAACCACGGACUUUAAACUAGAACAGCAAUUGAUCAGACCGCCAGGGUUCGUUAUCACUCAUUUCCCCUGGCCCAGCUACACCUAGGACCAGCCUAUUGCGGACCUUGAACAAGGGCGCUUCACGUUCACUUUUAUCUUUUUGCUAACCGGUAAAGAUGACUUUAAAAUCCAAUAAAAACGAACCUGCUGUCAUACUUGAGCGGGUCAACAGCGCUCGAACAGCCCUCUCCGACCUGUACCUGGAGCAGCUCCUCCAAAAUAAACCAAAUCCGGAAAAGGGGCUUAUGCCAGCCCAUGAGACAACGGGAGCUGAAGUAUACACCAACGGCAGUGCGGGUCACAUGAACGGAACUGAGCCAACCAGGAUGCGUGAGGUGGCGUUUGAAAAAAAUCCCUCAGAGCCCAUGGGGGUGACUCUAAAAUUGAAUGGAAAACAGAAGUGCACUGUGGCCAGAAUAUUACAUGGGGGCAUGAUACACAGACAAGGUUAUCUAAACGAAGGGGAUGAAAUAGCAGAGAUCAAUGGAAAGAGUGUGGCCAACCAAUCUGUCGACCAGCUGCAAAAGAUCCUGAAAGAUACCAACGGAGUAGUCACAAUGAAAAUCAUCCCCAACCAACCAAGGUGCUCUCCUGUGUGUGAGAUGUACAUGAGGGCUCAGGUUGACUACGACCCUGCCAAAGAUGACCUCAUCCCAUGCAAAGAGGCAGGGCUGAAGUUCAAAACGGGUGACAUCAUUCAUAUCAUUAACAAGCAGGACCCACAUUGGUGGCAAGGCAGGGUGGACACCUCUACUGCCGAUUUCGCUGGACUCAUCCCCUCCCCAGAACUUCAAGAAUGGCGGAUGGCAAGUAAAAGCAAGGCCACAGAGGGCACCCAAUCCUGCAGCCCCUUUGGAAAGAAGAAAAAGUGCAAAGACAAGUAUCUGGCCAAGCACAGCUCUAUCUUUGACCAGUUGGACGUGAUUUCCUAUGAAGAGGUUGUUCGGCUCCCUGCCUUCAGCAGAAAAACCUUGGUGCUUAUUGGUGCACCGGGUGUAGGAAGGAGCCAUAUCAAAAGCCUGUUGCUGACCAAAUACCCAGGGAAGUUUGCCUACCCAGCACCACACACCACCAGACCCCCACGUAAGGACGAGGAGAACGGGCAGGAGUACUACUUCAUCUCCAACGACACCAUGACCAAGUGCAUCACUGGGAAUGAGCUGUUGGAGUAUGGCAGCUUCCAGGGGUUCAUGUUUGGAACCAAAAUAGAGACUAUCCAGAAGAUCCAUGAGCAAGGAAAAAUCGCUGUGCUAGAUGUUGAACCACAGACAUUGAAACUCUUGCGGACAGCAGACUUUGCACCUCUGGUGGUUUUCAUUGCACCCACCAACUCAGCUACUCAGUCAGAAGCGGUGCAGUUGAUCCAGAAGGAGUCAGAUGCCAUCCUCUCCAGCUACAGCCACUUCUUUGAUGUGCAGCUGGUUAACAAUGAUGUUGAUGAGAGUGUGAAAGGAGUGGAGGAAGGGAUGGAGCAAGCCACCUCCACCCCACAAUGGGUGCCUGUUUCAUGGGUCUACUGACCUGUGUACCCCUGAACAACCAUCAUAUUUAACAAAAACUGGUGCAAUAUCACACCCCACAAAACCUGGGCCAAUAUCCACAAAGUGUCUCUGCAUGCUGAUCUAGGAUAAGCUGCCUUUUAGAUCAGAAUGGGAAAAGAUUAUGGCCAGACUAGUAACCGAAAGGUUGCAAGAUCAAAUCCCCGAGCUGACAAGGUCCAAAAAAAAUAUAUUGUUCUGCCCCCUGAACAAGGCAAUUAACCCACUAUUCCUAAACCGUCAUUGAAAAUAAUUUCCUAACUGACUUGCCUAGUUAAAGAUAAAAGAUCAGCACUCCUACUCUGAGGGGCUUUGUGAAUACAGACCCUGGUCACUCAUACACCAUUCUUUGCAUAGCAGCUAAUCACUAUGUAAUUGUAACUAAGUUUCACACAGAAGCAAAACAAAAGAGCAAUAGAUAUUGUAUUUCAGAGAAAGUAUAAUGAACCCAACCAAGGGAAUCAUUUAGAUGUUUGUAAAACCUUAGUGAAUCAGGCUUUUUAGGUGCCAAGUGAUUGGUACCACACGACUGCAGAUAGGAUUGUUAGUGUAUUAACAAUUAAAGUGGACCACUACUGUGAAGGCAAUGCCACUACCUGAGCAGUAUCCUUAACUCUAGUUUCAUAGUCAUGAGAUUUUGCGUAGCUGUAUUAAUAGACAUGGUAAUGUAUUAAAAUACAAGGAGACAUGUUCUACA